AUGGCCUUCGCGGGCGUGUCGAUCAUCGCCAACGGCGUGCUCCAGGACGGUUCCAGCAGGAACGCCGGCGCGGCCUGCGGGUACCAUUUGCUCGUCGUUGAAGGCCACAACGGUCUGCAGCAAUGCAUCAUGUCUCGCGCCUUCACAGUAGGAGGCCAUCGCUGGUGCAUCUACUACUACCCCGGCGGCCGCUGCCAGGAGGACGCCGGCUUCAUAUCACUUCAUAUUUGCCUGUACGAGCAAAUGGAAACUACUGCAGACCCCGUGAGGGCGCAGUUCGAUUUCAGUCUCGUCGAUGAGACGGAUCAGCAAGAGUCCGCACGUAUCCAUGGCAACAAAAUAUUCGAGUUCCGUGGCUACUCCCUUCAUGGGAACGACAGGUUCAUGACAAGCGAGGACUUGACGAAAUGGAGAAACCGAAAGGACAACGACAACAGCUUAUUCGCCAUCCGCUGCGAUGUCUUGGUCCAAAAUCCAACAUGGAACACUUCUCCCUUCAUCCUAGUACCGCCACCCGACAUGCCACGGAACUUCACCGACUUUCUCCUGGCAGGGGAGGGCACCGAUGUUGUCUUCCGUGUAGGUGAUGAGUCGUUCCCUGCCCACCGAUGCGUUCUCGCGGCCCGCUCUAAAGUCUUCAGGGCGUCGUUCUUUGGCCCGAUGAAGGAAGGUACGUCGACCACGGCUGCCGCCGUGCAGAUAGAUGACAUGGAUGCAGCGGUGUUCAAGGCGUUGCUUGGGUUCAUCUACGGCGACUCGCUGCCAGUGCCGACGCAGGAUGAGAAUGAGGGUGUCCUGCUGCAGCACCUGCUUGUCGCGGCGGAUCGAUAUGAUAUCCCGAGACUGAAGGCGAUGUGCGAGACGAAGCUGUGCGACCACAUCAAGGUGAGCACGGUGGCAACCAUCAUGGCGCUUGCCGAUCAGCACGGCUGCGAUGGUCUGAAAAAGACGUGCUAUCAAUACCUCCGCUGUCCAGCGAACCUGAACGCGGUCAUGGCAACGGACGGCUUUGAUCUUCUCUACAGGAGCUACCCGGCUCUUAUGAAGGACAUGAUGCUGGCCAUGCUGCGGCCUAAGUAG